UGCUCGUCGUCCCCUCACCCUCCGGUCUCAGUGUUCGGUGCUCGCCGUCUUCUCCUCUCGGUGCUUCCCAUCUCCAAUCUCUCUUUCCUCCCUCCUUAGUCCUCAAUCGAUUCCAAAGAGCAAUUAUCUCUUUCACUCCCUCACUCCACUCCUCUUCCCAAGAGCCCUCCAGCAAGUAGAUGGCGAGUGGAGGCAAUGAACCCUUUCUGCCAUUUGAGAUUAUCAUCAACAUUCUCAAAAGGCUUCCUGUCAAAUCCAUUGUUCGAUUUCGAUGUGUGUGUAAAGAUUGGAAAAAUCUCUUCAAAACCCCAUCUUUCAUCACUGAACAUUUACGCCACUCUGAUCAUGACAACCCUUUGCUUCUCCUCCAUGAAUACAAUUGCUAUCGUGGGCAUACGUCCUUAGGUUUGCUUAAUCAUAAGAUGGAAACCAUUGAAGUUCUGAGCAUACCCUCGAUCGAUGGCUUUAGAUAUAAUUGGAGCAUUAUUGGUUCCUGCAAUGGCUUGCUUUGUGUCACAAUCAAUCUUUAUCGAAACGGGUUUCCUCGUUCGCUUUGUCUAUGGAACCCAAUGAUUAGAGAGGUCAGAGAAAUACCCCAAACAACAAAUGAUUACUGGGGCUUUUGCAGGUUUGGAUUUGGGUUCUGUAGCAUCCUUAAUGAUUACAAGAUAGUGAAAUUUUAUAAUCAAGAGUUGCGUAAGAAGAAGGAAAUAGAUCAAGACUAUGAUGUUGCCAAACAAGGGCAUGAUGGAGUUGAAAUGUAUUCACUAAGCACAGAUUCAUGGAAGGAACUAGGAUUUGGAGCUUUACAAAAUAUAGAAGUUACAUUUACAACUGCUAGUACUGAUGGAAUGAUGGUUUGGGUGGGAGAAAGGGAUUCUUUUCCUGUGCUAGUUUCCUUCGACAUGGUGACUGAAGUGUUCACAAUAACCCCAAUACUGUCUGUGGAUGGCGGUCUUCCAACCAAUCUUGGUGCGUACCAGGGCAAAUUUGCUAUAUUUUUUCGUAGCUAUGGAUAUAAUUCUACGGAUAUAAUGGUGAUGGAGCAGGUUGCUAGUGAAUCUGGGAGGAGUUUGAGUUGUACUGAAGAAUAUAGCAUUGACACAUUUUCACAUGCUCCAGAUCCUGUAUGUAUUUGGGGGAAUGAAGUAGUUUUCUUAGGCAUUGAAAGUGAGACUGAUGAGUCGGAGGGUAUACCAGGGUACUUUCUUAAUCUGUUCAAUCUCACUACUAAGAAAUGGAAGGAGUUCCGCAACUUUUCAUCUAACCAUGACUGCAGUGCUGGUUUCACUUAUGAAAGGAGCCUUGUAUCUGUUUGGAACACCCAGGUUGAAUAGCCUUGGUCGGAAAUAUGAUCCUUAUUUCUGCAUUCCAGGUUUCUUUUGUCUCUAAUCCACCAAACCUCUCCACAUUUUGGUUGUAUCCAUAAUCGUUGAAGCUCCUUUGAUUUCGAAUGGAGAAAUUCAGUACUAGUUGUUCCAAACUUUAUUUAAGCGUUCCACAUCAUCAUACGUUCAAACAUCAUGUAUAAAUAUGUAGUUUAGUUGCUGCAA